AAAACAAAAUAAAACAAUGCCGGUUUUUGCCAAUUACCACUGCAAAACAACUAUAGACUGCCAACAGGGUGCAGUGCGUGCCGUGCGCUAUAAUGUGGACGGCUCUUACUGCAUGUCUUGCGGCUCUGACAAGAAGAUCAAACUUUGGAAUCCUGCCACUGGAUUACUCCUAAAGACCUAUGGAGGCCAUGCCGACGAGGUAACAGAUGUGGCUGGCAGCUGCGAUAGCAGCUACAUUGUCUCUUCCAGCUUGGAUAAGAGCAUAAUCUACUGGGAUGUUUCCACAGGAACACCUGUUCGCCGUCUGCGCUCCCAUGCUGGUGGCGUCCGUUGCGUCUGCUUCAAUGAGGACUCUUCCAUAACCAUUUCUGGUGGUCGCGACAAUGCCGUCAUGUGCUGGGACAUACGCACCCGCCGCCUAGAUCCCGUCCAGGUCAUGAAGGACGCCCGCGAUUGCAUCACCACCGUUCUGACCAAUGAAAAUAAGAUCUAUGCCGCCUCGCUGGACGGCUGCAUCCGACAUUACGAUAUACGUGUGGGAGAGAUGACCUGCGACAAGAUCGGGGAACCCGUCACCUACUUGGCCAAAACACAGGACGAGCAGUGCCUUGUCGCAGGCUGUCAGGACAGUGUGGUGCGUCUGAUCGACUGUGAGACGGGAGGACUGCUGUCCGAAUAUAAAGGACACCGGGCGGAUGACUAUCACAUAGAAUGCGGCAUCCUGGCCAAUGAUGCGCACAUUGUGGCCGGCUCCAGCGCCGGGGAUGCCUACAUCUGGGAUCUGCUGGAGGGAAAAGUCUUGCAGAGGAUACGCAUAAGUGACAAUGGUGGAGUGGUACACUCCCUGGCCACGCAUCCCAGGCGUUCAGAGGAGCUGCUGUUCGCCAGACGGCGGGACAUGUACGUCUUCACCACAGACCUGCAGAUCGAGGAAGAGCAAUUGUAGAGAAGAUAUGAGGGAUUCCAUUAGCAAAUCAAGAAAAAACCUUUAUCGCCUCAAGCGACUCGUCUCUAUGUUUUUGUCGAUAUUUAAACCCAAUUUUGGGGGAGAAAUUUCAGGGUGAAUAAGAUCCCUGUUCAAGACUAACCCCAUUUAGAGAUCAAUUGAGACCACUUGUAGUGGGAGUACGAUCGCUCUUUGUGUGCAAGACCAUUAACAGAUCAUUAACAUUAAAGAUCAUUAGUAGUCUCCAACGGCUCGCGCACACUACAGCUGAAAGUGAAGCUGAAGUUUUCAGCAAGUUGUGCAAGCUUUCAGCUCUUCUUUUAGCUAGUCUGUGCGAGUCCUUACAGUUUAAAGUCCAUGCUUGUGAUAGUCAA